CCCGAUCAUCCCCGAUGGCGAAACGAAACCCAGCCUUUCUUCUCCUCCUCGCUCUCACCGCCCUCUUCACCGUCGCCGCCGCCCUCUCCGAACCAGAGCUAGACGCCGCCCUCUCCGCCCUCAAUGCGCGUGGCUACACCCUCUUCGGCAAGGCGAUCACGGCCUCCGACAUCCGCUUCGAGCUCCUCCACAUACCCAAUGGGACCUACACCCUCUUCGCUCCCACCGAUGCCGCUCUCUUCGCCCUCGACAUGGCCUCACCGGCCUGGUUGUACGUGCGCUCCCUCCGCCGCCACAUCGCCCUCCGCCGUCUCCCGAACCACCUCCUCAGCGUCCUCCCUCCCGGGUACCGGCUUCCCACACUCCUCCCGCAACGAUCUCUCCGCAUCUCUCGCCGCCUUCCAGGCCCCUUCAUCACCGCCGACGAUGUUGAUGUUGUUCUCCCUGCGGUGUUCCACGGCCCCGAUCUUGUAGCUUAUGGCCUCGGCGGGAUCAUCCCUCCCCGUCACCCGACGGAUCUCUUUCUCUCUGGCUCCCAUCCAAGAUCGACCGAUCUCCCCAAUCCUCCAUCAAGAUCAAAUGAUUGGUCGAGUCCUCCUUCAAGAUCCGCUGAUCCGCCUGAACUACGGCCUCCGGCGACGCAUCCAGUCCCCGGAAUCGAUCUUUUGGCACCAUCGCCUCUGAAUGGAUCUUCUCCUUCGCCAUCAGAUGCAAUUGAGACCGGGACUCAUGGCGCGCCAUCACCAGCCCUUGUACUGGAAGAUCAGCCACCGAUCUCCGCACCAGUUCAAACCGGCACGCCAUCACCAGCAGGCAUGAGUUCCCCUGCACCAGCCCCAGCAUCAACUCCAACCAAUCCAUGGCUUCUUGGAUCUCCAGAGUUGCUUCACUGAGGGAGGCGGUGCAAUCCUCUGCGAUGGCUACAGAGUACCUGCAGUUCCACACGAUCUCGAAUCCGUGUAAUCUCUAAACUCUUCUGAUUUCCUCUCUUGUUCUUUCAAAUUUUUCCUUAAAAUUUCAUGGAAUUAGAGCAUUCAAUCAUCCAUACACUCUAUAUACUGAACAAAGUCAUUAGAGAUUGAGACAAAAAGGAUUAGCUUAGUUUUAACCAGAUAACACCAAAAUUCCAUAGCAAGGAUCACAAACCCC